AUGAUCUUCACCUCGACCUCGGAGCACGUCAAGGAGCUCCCGGACGAUCUCGAUGUCUAUGGCUGCAUGUACGAGUACUUCCCAUCGAGCCGACCCGACUUGCGCGACACCGGACUGCCACUCUUCAUCGACGAAGAGACGGGCCAGAAAUGGACAUUCGAGGAGGCAAAGGAGAACACGGAUCUCCUGUCGGUCGCCCUCGCCGAGCGAUGUGGCAUCCAGUCCGACACGCGAGCAAGUAUCUACGCGACCAACAGCAUCUACUUCCCUAUUGCCGUAUGGGCCACACACCGACUCGGCGGCACCAUCUCGCCGGCCAACUCGGCGUUCAUGGCCAAGGAGCUCAGCUUUCAGCUUGAAGCGUCCCAUUCGAGGGUGCUAUUUGUCAGUGAAGAUCCCACCUCCUUGAAGAACGGGUUCGAGGCGGCGAAACUGGCUGGCAUUCCAAAGGACCGCGUGGUCGUCAUCCAGGAGCCUGUGACGGUGCUCAAAUACUCCGAGUCCAACUACGGCCGCAUCCAGAAGAAGACGCAGGGCGCAUGGACGCUCGCCGGGCUGAUCGAGGAAGGUCGUACUAUCGUCAAGGAGAAGGGGGAGGGCAUCCUCGCCUCGACGCGCAACAAGCUCAAGCCCGGCGAGGGGAGGACGAAGAUUGCUUUCCUCUCCUUCUCCUCGGGUACCACCGGCCUGCCAAAGGGUGUCGCGAUCCAGCACCACGCCGUGACAUCGAACGCGCUGCAGACCAUGGCGCACAACAAGGUCGGCAACACCAUCGGAGCGCCGGGACGUUUCUGCCCAGGUAAGGACGUGUCGCUCGGCGUCCUUCCUCAGGUUCAUAUCUUUGGUCUGUCGACGACGAUGCACUUUGUCUUCUUUGCUGGCAUCGCCAACGUGGUGAUGAGCAAGUUCCGCGGGAUCGAGGCCAUGGUCAAGACCAUCAUCAAGUACAAGAUCAGCGUGUGGUGGCUGGUGCCGCCACAGAUCGUGCUGUUCUGCAAGGACCCGAGCGUGCCGCCCUAUCUCGAGGAGCUGCGCAAGGUGGCUCGAUUUGCGAUGGUCGGUGCUGCGCCCUUGUCGGAUGACUUGAGUCGGCAGUUUACCAAGGUGUUCCCCAAGCUCGACUGGGGUCAAGGCUCGGGCAUGACGGAGACGUGCUCGGUGACGACCAUGUUCCCCGUCGGAGAGCCACCUGUGAUGGGUUCAGCGGGUCGCCUGAUCUCGAACACCGAGGCCAAGGUGGUCAAUUCGGAAGGCAAGGAGGUGGGCUACGACGAGCUGGGCGAGCUCUGGCUGCGUGGACCGCAGAUCACGUUGGGCUACACCAACAACGAGCAAGCGACCAAGGAGACCUACCUGCCUGAAGGGUGGCUGCGCAGCGGAGACGAGGUCAAGAUCAACAAAGACGGCGAGGUGUUCUUCAUCGAUCGACUGAAAGAGUUGAUCAAAGUCAAGGGCUUCCAGGUCGCGCCUGCCGAGCUGGAGGGUUUCUUGCUCGAUCACCCCGAUGUCUCGGACUGCGGUGUGAUUGGCAUCCAGGACGAAGCAGCAGGUGAGCUGCCGUUUGCUUUUGUAUCGCUCUCGCAAGAUGCAAAGAAGCGCUCAAAUGCGGGUGGAAAGGAAGAGGACGACAAGAUCAAGCAAUCGAUCCUCAAGUUUGUCGCUGACAACAAGACCCGAUACAAGCAUCUUUGCGGUGUCACAUUUAUUGACACAAUCCCAAAGACAGCGUCGGGCAAGAUCCUCCGUCGCGAGAUGAGGGAGAUGGCAAAGAAGCUGCCCGCGGAAGCAUUCCGAGAGAAGCGCAAGGUGGUCGCCAAGCUUUGA